AUGUCGGAAAUAGUCAUUGUUGGCUCAGGUAUCAUUGGCCUUUACACGGCCCUUAUUUUGUGUCGUUGCGAGCUUGCUACGAAAAUUACGGUCGUUGCGAAAUGGCUGCCCGGUGACAAUAGCAUCGAGUACACCUCGCCGAUAGCGGGGGGUAACUUCAGCUCAAUCUCCGCGGCGGACCCCGCAGCCCUGGAGUACGACCGCCUGUCGUUUUUGUACUUGGAUGAAAUUUUCAAAAACUACGGAAGAGAGGCAGGUUUGGCUCGACUGAAAACCACCGAGUUUUGGAGACAGAAGCCCCCGGCGGCUAAAAUCGAGUCACUCAAGUCGUAUGUGCCCGAUUUUGAAAUCAUCGAGGACAAAGAAGUUCUCAAGUCCAAGGAUGCGUCGUUUGGUGUGAGAUACACUACCUACAAUUUCUACUGCCCGCACUUUUUAAAGUUUCUGUAUAACAAGCUGCGGGACCAUGGGGUAACUUUCUUACGCCGCGAGCUUUCGCAUAUUACUGAUGCAGCCAGCGCCAAGACUGAGGUGAUUUUCAACUGCACCGGGAAUGGUGCUGCAACAAUUGGUGGGGUAAGUGACAGCAAGUGCAUGCCCAUCAGGGGUCAGAUUGUUCUUAUUCGGGCUCCCCACAUUAAUGAAAACUUUGGUUUACUGAGUGAGGACCGUGAACCUAUCUAUGUUAUUCCCCGGCCAUUCUCUGGCGGCCAGGUUGUUUUGGGUGGGUACUACCAGAAGGGCGACUCCACCCCGGACACCUUCGGCUACCAGUCGGCUGCGAUUAUUGACAAAACCACUCGCUACUUCCCCCAGCUUCUGGCCAAGGGCCCGCUAGACGUAAUUGUUGAGAAAGCUGGCCUGCGGCCUGGACGGGAGGGCGGAGCCCGGAUCGAGAAAGAAACUAUCAACGGUAAAACAGUUAUUCACAACUACGGAGCUGGUGGUACUGGUUUCCAGAGUGGUCUUGGAAUGGCCCUCAAGGCUAUUGAACUUUAUCUGCCUUCUCCGCGUUUGUAG